AUGGAUGAGUUCUCUGUGCUUACAUGUAGUGACUCCAAGCUGCUUGAACCCCCCGAGACUCCAGCUCCUGUCUUUGCAAUUCGCGCCUUUAAGAGUGCCCUUUUUGGGACACCUGGAGCGGAUGAAGAAGAUGGAAUACACGCGUCGAAACCAAAGCUAUCCCCCCAUCAACGAAGCAAGAGUGAUACAAUGAAGCUCCCGCCGCCUGAUAUCACGACAGACGCGAACCCAACGGGUGAUGACGCGAUGCUCAACCCCACUGGAUCUCCUACGAAGAGCAUUCUGGUCACCCCCGGGACGAUACUAAACCGACGCAAGACUGUGUCGUUUGGAGAGAGUGUUGUUGACAAUGAGGGGAAACGCCCUGGCUCGGCCAGCAAGCCAGCCAGAACUCCACCGAAUCCGACUGGUAACCUCAGCGUCCAGUGGAUGUCCGGCUCUUCGGAUGGGAGCGGCAAACCACGGAGCAAACUCACCCAGACGCUCAUGGAUGCACGCGAUAACGCGUCCAAGAACGUGGACUCCGUCCAGUCUGAAGAGACUGCAGGGGAAGUAAAACCUGCCAGCUCUCGAACGAAAGAAAUUCCAGAUGAAGAUGUCACCGUCAACCUGGAGGACCCGCACUCCGAGUCGGGCAAAUAUUGGAAAUCAGAAUUCGACAACUACCGUGUGAGAACGAACAAAGAGAUCAAAAAGUUGAUUCAUUACCGGUGCAUUGCCAAGUCAUAUGCUCGCAAGAAGGACUCCGAAGCCAUGCGGCUGGCCGAUAAGCUUAAGGAGGAAGAGGAGAAGGUUGCAGAGAUGGAGAGGCAGGUAUCACGACUUGCUUCUACCAUGGUUGGGGAAGGAUCCAAGGUGGAUAAGGAGCAACUGAUCCAGGAUCUGACCAAGCAGACCGCUCUUGCACUGCAAUACAAGCAACAAGUCACGUCGCUGCGCAACGCCUUAGAAAAACACGACGUUGUGAGCGAUGCGGCACAAAUCACAGAAAAGAAGAAGGAAGAGACGUCUUCCGGGGCUCCCUCAGACGAGCUCCGUAAAGCGCAGCAAGAGCUAAAACAAGCCAAUGCCAAGAUUGAAGAAAUGCAACGCCAACAGUCCGAGCUGGGCACACUCCAAACCCUCGCGCAAAGCUCAGAGAAGAAAGCUCAAACACUCGAGCAAGAGAACAACACGCUCAAGCAAACGCUAGCUCGAGUGAAGCAGGAAAUGUCGCGGUACGAGGGUCGGCGCAAGGAAAAAGAAACGAAACUGAAGCAGAGAGAGUCGAGACUGGAGUUACGGGUCCAGGAAUACAGGGAGAGACUGAAGACUGUCACCAAAGAGCACCGUGAAUCAGAGGAAAAUUUGAGAAAUGCCUUGGACGCAGAGCGUCGCAGAAUGCAGAAGCAAAUCGACCUUUUGAAGUUGAGACUUGGCACGACCGAACCUUUCCCAGUUCUGCCUUCUACUGAGCGGCAAUCUUUCAGCCCUCGCAAAGACCCCACGGGUGUGCAAGUGUUUGACUUUGCCGGCCAGGAUCUUGAGCAAGAAGAUCCAGCAGAUCCAGAAGAAGAGCCCACAGACGACAUCGAGCCGCCCCCAAGCCCGAGUCCACGGUCCAAGGUCCGUGAGUCGCGGCCUGCUCUGCGCAGUGCUACUUUGGGCACAAUUGGCUCAAGGCGCCAUCUCCGGAACACGGCCGCAGAUGACGACGAGGUGACCCAUUACCUGAACGAGAUCCUGCCAAAGCCACGCCAUGAAUCCCACCACGUUGAAUUAGACGGAGUUCCACCUUCGUCGCCUCCUGAUAUUUCAGCUCUCAAAUCUCUAAACCGCACAUAUUCCAAACGACGGCUCGGUGAAAACCGUCCUACUCGAGCUCUCAAUCUUCUCGGUGCAGAUGACACCGGGCUCAGCAGCAGAAACACGCAACGAGAGCGAACACAUAUUAAAUCAACUCUCGACUCCCUGUCUGAUCUCCCGUCUCGCAGUCGGUAUACAAACUACACAAUCUCAGCUGGUGACCGAGUGGGCAAGCGGUACGGGUUGAACGACAUACAACGAGGAGGUCUUUCUCCUGAACGAAUUGCGGAUGCCCAGUCCCGACUCAGACAGAAGCAAAUCAACAAUAAGUCCAGAGCACUCGGCAAGGAGAACGUGUGA